AUGUUGAAAAUAUUUUCUUUUUUUUAUGUUAUAUUUUCUUUUAUAUUAAUUUCUGGACAUAAUGCAAUUCAUAACGAUCAAAAUAGUAUUAAAAAAGCUAUCUUAUUAGCUUUAUUAAAAAAUAAAUUCAUUGAUAAAAAGGAAUAUACAAAAUAUGAUGAUAUAAAUAAUGCAUAUCAAUAUAUAAAAAAUUCAGGAUUGAAUAUAAAUGACGUUAAUAAAUUCGAAAACUUUUUAUCACAUUUAUUAAAACAUCACAAUAUAAAUGCUACAUUUAAUGAUGUAGACACUAAAAUAUUGUAUUUGUCUGGUAUACUCAAUAGUAUUUAUGUUGACUUGGAUUCAUUAGACAAAGAUUAUGUAGACACAUAUUUUAAUAAUAACCAUGAACAGUCUUCUAAUAUAAUUAAAUUAAUUUUACGCAGUAAAGCAGUGACUCCAGAAUAUAUAAACACUCCAUAUAAAGAAGAAACUUAUGAAAAGGAUAAUGAUAAUUUGCUUGAUGAGAAACAUGAAGAGAUUCAUGAAAAUGACGAGGGAAAAAAAAAUGAAAAUGAAAUAUUUGAUAACAAUGAAGAAUAUAAAAUAGAAAAUUUAAGUGAAGAAAUAGAUAAAAUUAAUGAUUAUAUCUACAGUUUUAUUGGAAAAAUUAAUGAUGAAAUUAAAAUGAAUAAUAUGGAAAAUUAUAUUAAAGACUAUCCUAUAGUGGAUGACACUAAAACAAAACAUAAAAGGGAUAAUAUCAUAAUAAAUAUUUAUAACACAUAUUUUGGAUAUGGUGAUCCAAAUGCAGUAGAAAAUCCACAAAAACUUUCAAAUAAGCACCCAUACAUUGCUAAUUUAAAUUUACAAAUCGGUAAUAAUACACUUAAAGAUGCAAAUGAAUUGAAUACCAAAUUUAAUGAAAAACAUAAUUAUAUUGGAUAUAAUGAAAAUAAAGAUGAUAUCCAAAGCUUUGAUAACAAAAAUUUCAAGGAUUAUGACGAAAAAAUUGAUAAUAAGAUUGAGGAUUAUAAUAAUGAUUUAUAUGCAAAAGGUGAAAAUGAACCAUUAACUUUUCACUACACAUAUGAAAAUCCAUAUUCUAUAUUUACUUUACGUAAUAGUUUAUCGGAUCAAAAUAAGGAAAAAGACAGCAAUUCUGAUGUAAAUAUUGAUAAUAACAACGAAAAUAUGGAUGAACAAAAUAAUAAGAUAGAUACAAGCGAUUCAAAAGAUGAUUUUAAUGAUAUAUUCGCUAGUUCAACGUCAAAUACUGCGGUGGUAAAUGAUAAUGAUGGUAAAAAUAACAAAAACCUACAUGCCUUAUCAAAUAGUAGUGAACAUAGACCUGUAUACAAAAGAAAAGAAUUCAAAGCAAAAAAAAUGAAAACAAUAACGGAUAUUAUAGAUAAUAAAACUUUGGAUACAAUCCAAAAUAGGAUGUAUGUUAAGAUUGGACAAAAUGGGGCAAACAACUUUUCAAGCUUUUUUGAAUUUAGAGGAUUAUCAUUAAACAGAAAUCUUAGAAAUUUAUUAAUAUUUAUUGAUUAUUUAAAAAUAUUCAAUACAACUGAAGCUAUUGUAUUUAUAGAAAAAAUUACUCAAUUAAUUUGUGUAUCCUAUUGUAUGACGAUAACUAAUACAUUAGAGUUAUCAAAUAAUGACAUGUUAUUAUAUGACGGUAUGACUAUACUAUUUAGCGAAAAAAGUAUAGAUGUAAAAAUAAACGCCAAAAUAUAUCAUAUUAAACCACAAGAUUUUAAAACUAUAUUAGGUUUAUUAAAUAUAAAUAAAAAAACAAUACCUUUAGUAUGUCCAUGUAAAUCUUAUUCCAAUACCAUACUUAGCUAUUUUAAAGAUUAUGGAACAAAUGCAAGGUGCUCUUAUUAUCAUUAUGAUAAUCCAUUAUAUUUAGAAGAGUAUUCUCCAUUUUACGUUUUAUCCCAAUUAAUCUCGAUGCAAGAAAAAUUGCCCUUUAUUAAAAAAAACGGAAAACCAAAAUCAAAAUUAAUAGUUGAUGGCAAUGGAGAAUCAGAUAUUUAUAGCACUAUUUUUUAUCAUAAUUAUAGACAUUCUCUGCAUACUAAAAAAAGAAAAUCAAACAAGACUAAUAAAAUAGAUAAAUCCAUUGAUGAAAAUAAUGAUGGUAUUAAUGUUUAUUAUAACGCUAGCUUAAUAAAUAUUAAUGACACAAAUGAUAUAACUAAUAUGUUUGUUGACGAAAUUAAAUCAAAAGUAUCUCGUAUAAACUCUUAUAAAAUAGGUAAACAAGUUUUCACUACUUAUGGUAACCAUGGAAAAGAUGAUCAUGAUUUGGAAUUAAAAGACACAAUGCAUGACCCCAAUAAUUCACGCUCACGAAGACUUAAUAACUAUGUUAAUAAUAAAAAUGAAAAAACUAAGAAUGAUCCAAACACAAUUAAAAACGUUGUACAUUCCCAAUUAAAUACAAAUAAUGAAAAUAAAAAUAAGAAUGAUAAUGCUAGUAAUGUUGAAUAUUCAUCUUUGAUUAAUGAUAACGAUCAAAAGAAUAAACUCUUGGCAGAAUUCUUAAAGUUAGAAAAUUAUGUGAAACCUAAAAAUGAUGUACAAAAUGAACGUGAUAAUAAAGUAACUGAAACAAAUAUAAAUAAAAUAAUAAAUGCCAAACAUUUGGUACAAUUUUUUAAAGGUACAGAAAUAUGGAAGCCACUUGUUUAUUGCCAGCACUUAGCACAUAUAAAUAUGGCUCUUAAUAAUAUAAAAUAUAAGGAGACUAUUACAUUUGUGGAAAACUUAGAUAAUAAUCAGGUGGUUCUUUACUUUCCCAAUAAUGCUAAAAAUCCAAUUACAAUAAAUAUAGAAUAUUUUAUGUUUUUAUUAGAAAAAGUAUCAUUAGUAAAUUAUGUUGAAGAUUUAUGUAAGAACUUUGAAUUAAAUGCAAUUCCCAAAACUGGGCGUAUUGAUCCAAAUUUAGUUAGCAUUUCAAAUAUACAAUCAUUUUUAGAAAAAAAUAUAGUAAAGUUUGGUGACCAAUUUUUACAAAGAAAUAAAUAUGCAAAUGAACUAUAUAAUAUAUCUACAUCAAACAUGUUUUCAUCUAAAAGAGACAUAAUUUUAAAUACAGAAUCAUAUAACAAUAUUGUUUUUAAUGAAAAGGAUAUAUUUGAUAUAUUCAGGUUAUAUUUGGAAGAAAUCAUAACAGAAAAAAUGAUUGAAGAAAGAUUUUUUACUCCUUUUGCUUUUAUAAUUCAUAAAGAAGAAAUGUCUAAAAAUGAAAAAUCAACAUUACAUGUAUAUAAUAAUGAAAAUAUAAAAAAAGGCAAUAAAGGCGCAAUAAAUAAAUAUAUGUUUUAUGGUUACAAAAAUAUUAUAAAUAAUAUAUCUGAUUAUUAUGACGAUAUAAUCCCAAAUGUGCCUCUAAAAAAACAGGAUUUGAAAGAAUACACAUUAGUUAUAUAUAGUGAUAAUCCAUCUAUGACAAAUAUAGUUAUUAAAACAACAAUUAAUGUUAUCAAUGUAGCCUUUUUGUUAAGCAUAUUGGAAUUAGUGUUAGAUACAAAAGCAGAAUACCAAUUCUUUUCACGUGAAAAAAAAUUCUUUCCAUUAAAUUCAUUUAUUAUUCUUAAUGACGAUGUUAAUUAUUUCUUCUUUAAUUAUAUGCCCAAUGAAAAUGGCUCAGAAUCUCAGCUAUAA